AUGCCGCUCGAAGCCGAGCCGCAAAAAUCCAUCCCGAGCUACGUCAAAUUCGUCACCGGCGGGCUGGCAGGCAUGGGCGCAACGGCCGUAGUUCAGCCCCUCGAUCUCGUCAAGAAUCGCAUGCAGCUCUCCGGUCAGACUGGGAAAAAGGAAUUCCGCUCGUCUUUCCACGCGAUCAGCUCCAUCCUGAAGAACGAGGGCGUGCUGGCGUUGUACAACGGGUUGUCGGCUGGACUGUUGAGACAGAUCACCUACGGCGCCACCCGCCUCGGCGUGUACUCCUACCUUUUUGAGAAGGUUUCCGGACCCUCCGGCACAAACCUCAGCUUCCCCACGAAAGCCUCGAUCGCGAUGACGGCCGGGGCUAUUGGCGCCUUUGUCGGCACCCCCUCCGAGUUGGCCCUGAUACGGAUGACGAGCGAUGGCCGACUUCCGCCCGACCAGCGCCGCAACUAUCGAAAUGUGGUGGAUGCUCUCGUGCGUGUAGCCAAGGAUGAGGGGCCGACAGCGAUGUGGAGGGGCUGCGUCCCAACGAUGUUGCGCGCUACCGUGAUCGCCGUCUCGCAGCUGGCCACCUACUCGCAGGCCAAGCAGAUGCUGCUCGACUCGGGGACGCACAAGGACGGUCUCUUCUGCCAUUUUGUCGCCUCCAUGUGCUCCGGAUUGUGCGCGACCAUUGCCUCGAUGCCGGUCGACAUGGCGAAGACGAGGAUGCAGUCGAUGAGGAUGAUCAACGGCGUGCCAGAGUACAAGAGCGCUGUCGACGUAUGGGGAAAGGUGGUCCGCAACGAGGGAGUCCUGGGGUUGUGGAAGGGCUUCACCCCUUACUACUUCCGGCUUGGCCCCCACACCGUGCUCCUCUUCAUUUUUGUCGAGCAGCUGAACGCAAAUUUUUUCGAGGCUUGGUCAUCGCUAGCCGAUGUGCUCCUCAUCCUUUUCCUGGAGCUCCAACUCUUCCUCCCGCUGUUCGGCGGCACGACCUCAUCAGCAUGGAACGUCUACUUUGCCCCGGUGAUGCCCGAUUCCGGAUAUAGCUUCUGGAUGAUCCUCAUGCUCGCCCUAGUUAACACGUCACUCGCGAUCCUGGACGGGUUCUUCUACCGUUUAGCGGCCCUAGACUCGUUUGGCUCCGCGCAUUUUAAAAGAAUCCUCAAAGCCGUCGCCAUCUUCAUGCACACCUUCAAUUCGGGCCUGACACUGAUCUGCCAGUUUGUCUCGUACACCCCAAGAGCUGAAAUGGACACUUUCAUCUUGCGCGAGUAUCCGCAGCACGCGGACAUCUUAACGCUUUCCAAUUACGUUUUGCUCGAGCCGGCGUUAAAUCCGCAUAACGCAUACCUCUUCGCGGUGAUCCCUGCCGGGAAUUUUGUGAUCACGACACCAGCCAUCUUUUUCUAUCUCCCCACCUGGUUUGGAUGUUCCUAUUUCUUCUUCGAGCGAACCGGCUCCUCCGAUUUGGUUAACCUAAUUGCCCACAUCUUUCUAUGCCUAUUCUGCCUUCACGCUUUCUUGAACGUGCUGAUUGUUAUCAUCACGAUAAAACCCUACAGGAUUGAAGCAUGUCAGAUGCUGCAGCGGAUUGGAUUGUUGAGG